GAGUUGAGUUAAAGACUGCGAGGACCCUGGAAGCACCAGUUGGUGUGUGAGCGCUCCUCCGAUGACCAGCUAAGAACGCCCCGCGUCUCCGUCUCACGCUGCGGGGGUGGGGUGGCCAGAAGUUUCGGAUCGGGCCUCGCUCAAACAUGGGAUUCGAGCUGGACCGCUUCAGUGGAACGGUCGACCCGGAUUUGAAAUGCAACCUGUGCAAUAAAGUUCUGGAAGACCCUCUGACUACCCCGUGCGGCCACGUCUUCUGCUCAGGCUGCGUUCUGCCUUGGGUCAUCCAGCAGAGCAGCUGCCCCGUCAAAUGCCAGCGGAUCUCCUCCAAAGAGCUCAACCACGUCCUGCCUUUGAAAAACCUCAUCCUGAAACUGGAGAUUAAAUGCGACAACCAUGUGCGGGGCUGCGCCGCGGUGGUGAAACUGCAGCACCUGGCCGAGCACGCCGGCGUGUGCGACUACUCUCCGGCCAAGUGCGGGAACGAGGGUUGCGACGAGGUGCUCAGCCUGCGGGACGUGGACGCGCACAUGCGGGAGACGUGCGACUUUCGCGCGGCGGGCGCCUGCGAGCGCGGUUGCGGCUUGACGCUCACGCAGAGAGAGCGGCGACUCGACGACCACUGCUGCGUGAGAGCCCUGAAGGCGCACAACGGCGUGCUGCAAUACCAAAUGAUGCGCCUGGAUAGCGAGUUCAAGAAGCAGACCAUCGAAGCCAAUAAGAGGGAGAAAGCACUUCUGGCGCAACUGUCCGCCGCUCACGCCGAGCUGCAGAUGACGGCGGUGAAAUAUCAGAAGAAAUUCGCAGAAUACAGCGAGAGGAUCGACUCUCUCACCAGAACGGUGACUUUCUCCUGCAAGGAAAGCGACACUAAAAGUGUGCCGGUUGUCCUUCUCCGUGACGGCGGCUCUCUGGGCUUUAACAUCAUGGGAGGAAAGCCAUGUGCGGAUAUUCAUGACGGCCCUUCAAACGAGGGGAUCUUUGUGUCCAGAAUUAUUGAGAGCGGACCAGCGGACAAGGAGGACGGCCUUCAAAUCCACGACCGGAUUAUUGAGGUUAAUGGCAAAGACCUCUCAAAGGCGACCCAUGACCAAGCAGUGGAGGCCUUCCGUACCGCCAACGAUCCCAUUAUGGUCCAAGUCUUGCGGCGGGCCCCUGCGCCCAAACCGAUUUCCCCCACUGCCGACACGCAACUGUUAGACACCAGCACGCAGACUGACAUCACCCUCCAACACAUGAUGCCCCUCGCCACGUUGCCACCGCCGGCACCGCCUGUGACCGUGCUCCAGGACUACCUGCUUCCAGAGGGGCAUCCUCCUGGGCAUGAAUACUUUGACCCCAAUGAUUUCCUGGAUGGUAUUAAUCAAGACAUUGAACGUGAAGAGCUGGAAUAUGAAGAGGUCGAUCUGUACAGAGCCAACAUCCAAGACAAGCUCGGCAUGACGAUCUGUUACAGGACCGACGAUGAGGAUGAAGCUGGGAUCUACAUCAGUGAGAUUGAUCCAAACAGCAUCGCCGCCAAAGACGGCAGAAUUAGAGAAGGUGACAAAAUCGUCCAGAUCAACGGCAUUGAGAUCCAGAACCGUGAAGAUGCGGUCGUGCUGCUGACCAGCGAAGGCAACCAGAAUAUCUCCCUGCUGGUUGCCAGGCCACAAAUGCAGCUGGACGAGGGCUGGUUGGACGACGACAGGAACGACUUCCUGGAUGACCUUCACAUGGACAUGCUGGAGCAGCAGCACCGUCGGGCCAUGCAGUUCACCGCCAGCAUGCUGCAGCAGAAGAAGCAUGAGGAAGACGGAGUGACCACUGACACGGCGACGCUCCUCUCCAAUCACCACGAAAAGGACAGCGGGGUCGGCCGCACCGACGAGAGCACACGGAACGAUGAGAGUUCAGAACAGGAGAACCUCGCCGAUGACCAUACGACGGCAUCCAGCACGCUGAGCAGCUGCAGAAAACUGACCUACAGCCAAGACACCCUGGGCAGUACGGAGCAGCCUUUCGGCAGCGAAUCCUUCAUCUCCGCCGACUACGCCGACGCCGACUUUCUGGGCAUCCCCGCCGACGAAUGCGAGCGUUUCCGAGAACUCCUGGAGCUGAAGUGCCAAAUGAGGAACGGGGGAACAACGCAGGGCUCGUGCAGCCACGGCGGCGGCGGCGGGGCCCAAGGCCAAGACCGGGAGGUCGCGGACAAAGAGCUGGAGCUGCUCAACGAGGAGCUGCGCAACAUCGAGCUGGAGUGUCUGAAUAUCGUGCGCGCCCACAAGAUGCAGCAGCUUCGGGAGCGCUGUCGCGAAUCCUGGAUGCUCCACGACAGCGGCUUCCGCAACUACAACACCAGCAUCGACGCACGGCGACGCGAGCUGUCGGACAUUACGGAGAUGCCGGAGAAAUCGGACAAAGACAGCUCCAGCGCCUACAAUAGCGGCGAGAGCUGCCGCAGCACCCCUCUUACGUUGGAGCUGUCCCCGGACAAUUCGCUCCGACGCGGGCCGGAGCACCGAGCCGGAGGGCUGGCGAAAUCUCCCCAAGAGGCGUGCGGCCCCGGCGGGAGCGAAGCGCUUUCAAAGGAGUCGGAUUGCGAGCGGAGCAAAGCGGGAGAGUCCGGCAAAUCCGCGAGGGGCUUCGCUCCGCAACGCUCGCCGUACAAACACGCGCACAUCCCCGCCCACGCCAGACACUACCAGAGCUACAUGCAGCUGAUCCAGCAGAAAUCGGCCGUGGAGUACGCCCAAAGUCAGAUGAGCCUAGUCAGUAUGUGUCGGGACCCGAGCGAGCCGGGCCAAAAGAUGGAGUGGAAGGUCAAAGUGCGCAGCGACGGCACCCGCUACAUUACCAAGCGUCCCGUUCGGGACAAGCUGCUGCGGGAGCGCGCCCUGCGCAUCCACGAGGAACGCUGCGGCAUGACCACCGACGACGACGCCGUCAGCGAGCUGAAGAUGGGCCGCUACUGGAGCAAGGAAGAGAGGAAGCAGCACGCCGUCCGCUCCAAGGAGCAGAGGCAACGGCGACAGUUCAUGAAGCAGAGCCGGGCCGAUUGCCUGAAGGAGCAACUCGGCCCCGAGGACAAAAAGGAACCCAACAUCAUUGAACUCAGCAACAAAAAGAUGAUGAAAAAGAGAAAUAAGAAAAUAUUCGACCACUGGAUGACCAUCCAGGAACUGCUGACCCACGGGACCAAGUCACCGGAUGGCACCAAAGUUUACACCUCACUCUUGUCUGUGACCACGGUCUAAGUGUCGCUUCGAGCGAGGAGGCGCGAUGGGAGGACGGUGAGCUGGAAAUGGGACUCGGGCAGUUGGCGUCGACUUUUCCGCUUCGUUCAAUGUGGCAAAUUGUUGUCAAUGGCAAGAAAAGACUUUCGCGGAGAGUUUCCGCGGGAUUGCUUCGAUUGGACUGGAUUUGUCAGUGGCCUUGGACUCGAACCAAAUUCAUACAGUUUUUUGUUGUUGUUGUUUUUUGGGCCUUUGUGCUUGCUCUUUUGAAUAAUCUUGGAAGCAUACUUUUUAUUUGGAGGUAUGAAAUGCGCCGUGCGUAAGCAGCCAGCCGUUACACAACAUAUUUUACGAUACUUUGUUUUGAACUGCAUAUCUUUGAUCAGUAUUCUUCUGCUUCGCAUAUUCUUCUUUUACGGAAACACGUGAUUGUUUUUGUUUGUUUGUUUUUCCCGCAAAGUAUAAAACGUAAUCCUCUCCUGUAAAUAAAUUUUGGCAAAAAAUGUAAUUUGCUUAUAAUGCUGAAAAUUCCCCCCAAAGUUGUUACCGUCAGCGACAUCCGUUCCAUCGCGUUUGAGAUCAACAGAGCGUUUAAGUGCCCGUGUUUCGACAAAAGGCAUUUCAUAUAUGAUUGUGUUUUGCUGUUGAAGCACACUUUAUAGUCACUUUUGUUUUCUUCAAGUCAACAGCGGCUUCCUCCGUAAAUCCUGAGUUAGGCACAACAUUUGACAUCCUGUAAAAUGACAGAAAUAAAUUAUUGUUUUAUAUAUGACGA